GCCGGGUUGACAUGAAGAAGCAGCGGCUGGGGCGGCAGUAACGGCUGUAGUCUGGGUUUGCAGCGGGACCCGGGGCUAAGAGCUCGACGCGGCCUGGAACGGUAGACGGCGCAGUGAGCCGAGGAGGAGGCGCAGCAGCAGCCCUGGUUCGUCAUGGAGAUGGAAAAGGAGUUCGAGCAGAUCGACAAGGCUGGUAACUGGGCGGCCAUUUACCAGGAUAUCCGACAUGAAGCCAGUGACUUCCCUUGUAAAGUGGCCAAGCUUCCUAAGAACAAGAACCGUAACAGGUACAGAGAUGUCAGCCCCUUUGACCAUAGUCGGAUUAAACUACAUCAGGAAGAUAAUGACUAUAUCAAUGCUAGUUUGAUAAAAAUGGAAGAAGCCCAAAGGAGUUACAUUCUUACCCAGGGCCCUCUGCCGAAUACCUGUGGUCACUUUUGGGAGAUGGUGUGGGAGCAGAAGAGCAGGGGCGUAGUCAUGCUCAACAGAGUGAUGGAAAAGGGAUCGUUAAAAUGUGCACAGUACUGGCCACAAAAAGAAGAAAAAGAAAUGAUCUUUGAAGAUACAAAUUUGAAAUUAUCAUUGAUCUCUGAAGAUAUAAAGUCAUAUUAUACAGUACGACAGUUAGAAUUGGAAAACCUUACUACACAAGAAACCCGAGAGAUUUUACACUUCCACUAUACUACAUGGCCCGACUUUGGAGUCCCCGAGUCGCCAGCCUCAUUCCUGAACUUUCUUUUCAAAGUCCGUGAGUCGGGGUCACUGAGUCUUGAGCACGGCCCCAUCGUGGUGCACUGCAGUGCCGGCAUCGGCAGGUCGGGGACCUUCUGUCUGGCUGACACCUGCCUUUUGUUGAUGGACAAGAGGAAAGACCCUUCUUCUGUUGACAUUAAGAAAGUUCUGCUAGAAAUGAGGAAAUUUCGAAUGGGACUGAUCCAGACGGCAGACCAACUCCGCUUCUCUUACCUGGCUGUGAUCGAAGGUGCCAAAUUCAUCAUGGGAGACUCUUCCAUUCAGGAGCAAUGGAAGGAGCUCUCCCAUGAAGACCUGGAGCCCCCACCCGAGCACGUUCCCCCACCACCCCGGCCACCCAAACGAAUCCUGGAGCCGCACAAUGGGAAAUGCAAGGACUUCUUCCCAAACCACCAGUGGGUAAAGGAUGAUACAGAGGAAGAUAAAGAAGGCCUCACUGAGGAAGAAACCAGAACUCCCUCAAAUGCCUCCUGCAACAUAGAAAGCAGGAGUCCCGACACUGAAGUCAGAAGGCGGAUUGUGGGGGAAAAUCAGUGCAGUGCCGCAGCCACCAUCCCCACCAAGGGAGAGCCCUUGCCACCCGAGGAGGAGGAGGACCACGCGCUGACACACUGGAAGCCCUUUCUGGUCAACGUGUGUGUGUUCACGGUCCUCACAGCCGGCGCGUACCUCUGCUACAGGUUCCUGUUCAACAGCAACACAUAACCUGACCCACCUCCACCUCCACCUCCACCCACUGCCCGCCUCUGCUCGUAGAGCCCGCGCCCGGCUAGCAGGCACGCGUGGUAGGUAAGGGCCCGAGGACCGCUGUAGAGAGCCCCGGACCCCGACGGACGGUUGUUCUGCGCUAGAACCUACCCUCCCCCAGGCUGUUUGUCUUCCCCUGAUCCUACUUCCUCCCCUCCCCUUCCUUCGAGUACCAAAUCCACAACCAUGUUUUCAAGGAGAGCAAAGGAGAGUACCACGCAGGUGGUGGAGACUAAAGGGGGCCACCGGCCCACGUGCUCCUCUGGGUGCACCCAAGGCGGCCCAGGCGGCGGCACUCCAGCAUCCUUCCCAUGGACCCCUUUGGAGUCCGUGUGUACUUAGCCUCUCCACUCCAUAUUUAUUUUUUACUUUUUUUCCCCAAAGGUGUCCAUAGUGCACUUGCACUAGCAUUUUCUUAAACCAAUAAUGUAUUAAAAUUUUUUGAUGUCAGCCUUGCAUCAAGGGCUUUAUCAAAAGUACAAUAAUAAAUCCUCAGGUAGUACUGGGAACAUAAGACUUUGCCAUGAGCCUGCUGCAUCAGACCAGUACUGGGAAGGAGGACAGUUGUAAGCAGUUGUUACUUAGUGAUACUGUGGGUAACAUGAGAAGAGGUUUGGCAUAUGUUUAUAGAACAAUGGUAUAAUAUAUAAUGAAUACUUGGAUAUUUAAAAUACAUGAUGUGAGAUUACUUUGUUCUGGUUAUUCUCCUCCCCCGUUAUCUGCUAGAACUUUCUCAAUCACCGCCUCCCCUCUCUGUAUUAGAAUGCAUGUAAGGUCUUCUUGUCUCCUGAUCAAAUACCUUGUGCUUGAAACGAGAAGCAGAUCUCUGCUUCCUAAUGUGCCCCCUGUACAAGUCCAGUCCACCUUUGCAUGAUCUGAUCAUCACAUGGCUGUGGUUCCUAAGGCUGUUGCUGGAAUAAUCUUCAUUUAUUCAGCAGAGAGUGCUGUGUUCCAGGAACAGAUACUUGCCUAAUUCCUGGCAGGACACUCUGGUGACCUCCUGGUGAGGCCCAGCCUGUGCCGGUCCAGCUGGGUCCCACCGUAACUCAGACAUUCCAAGGGUAUGAGAAGCCACAUUCACACCUCACGCUCUGGACUCUAGGCAGACAGGGCCCUCCCCACCUUUGGGAUCAGCCUCCACUCUUCCAAGUUCACACUCUUUUUGAGCAGACUGUGAUUUGGAACCAAGGCCACUGCUGGAAGCCACACUUCUUGAAACACCCGGGACAGCGGUCCCGUGGGCAGCCUGCUGCGCCUCCGUUGCCAGUCCGUGCUGCCAGGGGCUUGCUGAGGGAUGAGCGUCUGCCCUGCCCUUGAACCCCGUGGGGACUGAUGGUGCUCACGACUCUUCCUACGAGGGGAACUUAAGACCUCCACAUUACGUGGCUUUUUUAACAAGAAAAAAAAAAAAGGCAGCUGUAGCUCACGAGCUGCU